CUAAGAAGCCACUCCUUCUGUCGCCAUUUGCAUAAGCAGCAGCUGUCGAAAACCUUAAUCAAUAAGGGUGGUGUGGCACCUGUGCCGUGCUUCGCUUUGCUUUAAUUAUUAACCCUUGGUUAAUUAAUGAUGGGAGGAGAUUAAUAUAAAGUGGUGUUAUAAGUUCAAAGCAGUAAAUGAAGAGAGGAUGGGGUGUUGCUAUCAGGUUUCAUUGGGAGGAGGAAUAGUGGCUGUGGCCGCAUCUUCGUUUCCCGUUAAUUCAAAAUUAAAACCGUUUCCUGCUUUCAAAGCGGAGCUUCCCAAACCCAUGGCUUCUGAUCUCUCUCCUGACCGUUCGAUCUUCCACGAUGCCGUCUCCUCUUCUCCCCGCCGCGACCUCGUUUUCAUCGUUAAUCCCCGAGGGGCUAAUGGGAGGACAGGCAAGGAUUGGAAGAAACUGCUUCCUUAUCUCCGGUCUCGCCUCGAUAAAAAUUGUAACAUAUGUGAAUCUCUGACUUCAGGUCCAUAUCAUGCAAUUGACAUUACAAGGGAGGCAAUAAGGGAGGGUGCUGAUGCUGUGGUUGCUGUUGGAGGUGAUGGUACUCUUCACGAGGUUGUUAAUGGAUUCUUUUGGGCUGGGAAACCUGUCGCCAAUCACAAUAGAGAGGCUACACGUUCAACUGCUCUUGGUCACAUACCCUUAGGGACCGGGUCUGACUUUGCUAGAACAUUGGGCUGGAAAAAUGAUCCACGUGAAGCCAUUGAUCGAAUUGCUAAAGGGCUGAGAUCACCAGUGGAUGUUGGUGUAAUUACUGGAGAAAGUGAAGAAGAAUCUCAUUACUUCAUAAAUGUUGCUGAUAUUCAUCUGAGUGCCAAGGCUGGUUACUUCGCAUCACGAUACAAGAGAUUCGGAAACCUAUGCUAUGUUAUAGGUGCUCUGCAAGCUUUUAUGGGGCAUAAAAACCAAGACCUUAGAAUCAAGGUCAAUGGAGGUGAGUGGGAAACAUGUUCUCUGGUGACAGCUCUUUGUAUUGGAAAUGCCAAGUACUUUGGCGGUGGCAUGAAAAUUACUCCAAAUGCUGACCCUUCCAGUGGAAACUUCGAGGUUGUGAUUCUGCAGGACUUUAAGUGGUAUGACUUCAUUCUGAAGCUACAUAGACUGUACAAUGGGACACAUUUAUCAGUGAAGAAUGUAUCUUCAAGAAGUGUAUUUUCUAUUGAAGUGGAGGACAUUUCUGGCAGUGGAAGCAUUUAUGUUCAGUCUGAUGGGGAACAUGUAGGGUUUCUUCCCAGAAAGUUUUGUAUUUUGCCUUCUGCCAUUCAGAUGAUAUGCUGACAUGAAUCCACAAGAACAAUUCAAUUAGUAACAUGAGCUUGUGCAUUCGAUUUCUUCAAGCUGAUGCAUCUUAUCCACAUUCUUCGGAUGGAAAAAUAGCAGCAGGGGACAACGUAGAUAGGAGAGGCGCCCAUGAGUUUGCUCCAGCAGUGAUGAAGUACUUAACAUGAAUAGAGCCGGUGACAUUUUGGUGGUGUGGGAUAAUUUCUUGCGGCAUCUUUAGUCGCGCGAACCAACAGUUCGAGGUUUUUGACAGUUGGAGGCUUUGUUUUCACUUGUUAUCGAGAUAUGAGUCCGGAUAACGCCACUGAGUUCAUGAGAGGCUGCAAUGGAACUUUGUUUUUUUAGACCGCUAUUAAAAGAUUUCAGGUUUUAUGAACAUCGGUUUUAGAAUUU